AUGACGUUCGUCCUUUUUGGCGUUUUGGAGCCGAACUAUGUUGUGCAACAUGUUCUUGAACUAAGAGAUGAAGAGAUUUCAAGUAAGGUAUUCAGCCAACUUGAGAAGCAGUAUUUAACACUAGCCUACAAAAAGGGUGGUAGCCAUGUUGUUGAGAAAUGCAUUGAAUCAUCAAAUAUUGGAAUGAUUUCAGUGGUUAAUGUUCUUCUAGCUGAUGAAAAAUCACUAGUUCAACUAGCCAAAGAUCCCUUUGGAAAUUAUGUAAUUCAGAAAGCAUUAAAAUCAACAAAAGAAAAUGGAGAGGAAACGCGACAUCAAGCUCUCGUUAGAGUCCUCAUGCGACAUGCCUCGUUUCUUUUACACAGCAAACCUGGAAAACAUGUGAUCUUGAGUAUCAAAAGUCUAAAUCCAGAUUAUCAGACAGUCUUGAAUUCAUUAUCAAGCUAA